CUGUUAUUAUCCCUCAGUGAAUGUAUCAUGACGUUGACGUCCGAGGACUUGUACCUAAACAGGGCAAGAUUUGUAAUGAAAUAUUUAGGAGUUUGGGUGCCUCACCCAAAUGAAACGUUUGCUCAUAAAUGUUACAGAAUAUUUAUGAUGACAGUUCAAUAUUUAUUUUUGUUUUUCCAAAUAAUCUACAUUGUCCAAGUUUGGGGUGAUUUAGGAGCAGUGUCUCAAGCGUCAUAUUUGCUGUUUACUCAAGCUUGUUUAUGUUUGAAAAUAACAGUGUUUCAAAUAAACGUGGACGUGGUCAAGGACUUAUUAGAAAGAAUGAAUAGCGAUAGUUUUAAACCGCAAAACGAAGAUCAUGAAAGGAUACUAAAAUGGCAUGCUGCGCGUAUCAAAAGACUUCUGCUAGCUUUUAUGAUAAGUUCGCAAACAACCUGUGGUUUAUGGGCUUUGAAACCAUUGUUCGACGAUGCGGGCAGUCGGAAUUUUCCAUUUGACAUGUGGAUGCCAGUCAGACCGGAAUAUUCUCCGCAAUACGAGUUGGGAUAUUUGUUCCAGUUAGUGACAAUAUGCAUUAGCGCCUACAUGUACUUCGGUGUCGACAGCGUUGCUUUAUCUAUGGUUAUUUUCGGAUGCGCCCAAAUUGACAUUAUCAAGGAAAAAAUAUUGAGUAUCAAAACUUUUGAAGACAAAGGACAAAUUUCGAAGAAACGGGCUAAAUACCUUGAAACUAAUUAUAAUAAAUUAAUAGAGUGCGUAAAGCAACACCAAGGCGUGGUGACAUUUACGCGCCUAGUAGAAGACGCAUAUCAUACUUUUCUGUUAUUUCAACUGAUUGGUAGUGUUGGAUUGAUUUGUAUGUCUGGUCUGCGAAUUUUAGUGGUGGACUGGCGUAGUAUGCAAUUUGCCUCAAUAGUUACGUACUUAUCCGUGAUGAUAAGUCAGUUGUUCGUAAGCUGCUGGUGUGGUCACGAGCUUACUGCUACUAGCGAUGAACUGAACACAGUACUAUACAAAUGCGCUUGGUACGAUCAGGAUAUGAAGUUCAAGCGAGCAUUAGUCUUUGUGAUGAUGCGCAUGAGCAAGCCACUGGUACUAAGGGCCGGACAUUAUGUAACAUUAUCGCGCCAAACAUUUGUGACAAUUCUGCGAACAUCUUAUUCAUAUUUUGCAGUAUUAAAUCAGACAAUUAAAGAUUAA